GGCCAAGGAAGUCCCAACUAGACAAAAGGCAGCAAGAAACCAGCACUACAAUGUCUUCCGCUGCAGCUGGAGGCUCGCGUGCCCUUCACUGGGUACUCAAGAUCGGGAGCUUGAAGAAGUCCAUGACGUUCUUCGAGAACGUUCUCGGCCUGAAGGUGCUUCGGCACGAGGAGUUCGAUGAGGGCUGCGAGGCCACCUGUAACGGCCCCUACGGCGGGGCGUGGUCCAAGACGAUGAUCGGGUAUGGCCCGGAAGAGGAGAGCUUCGCCCUGGAGCUCACGUACAACUACGGCAUCGACGGCUACAAGAACGGGGACGACCUGCAGUACAUCUGCCUGCAGCUGGACGUGGAGGCGACCAAGGCUAAGGCGGAGGCCGAGGGUUACGCCUGCGCGGCGGCCAGCGGCGGAGGCGUUCUCAUCUCCGGGCCGGACGGUUACAAGUACAAGGCGAUCCCUUCCAUCGAGGGGAGGAAGGAGCGGUUCGUUUCGGUGGGGCUGAAGGUGUCGGACCUGACGGCGUCCACGGCGUACUGGUGCGGUGUGCUCGGCAUGUCCAAGUUUUCGGCGCCGGCGCCGGCGAGCGAGCCGGGGGAUGGUGUAGGCUUGUUGAGCGAGACCGUGGGCUACGGCGAAGAGCAGGUCAAGCUCGAUUUGCUGCAGGCUCCGGGGGCGGAGAAGACUCCGAUUGACCACGGGUUGGCCUCUGGCCGCAUUGCGUUCGCGUGCGACCUCGUGCCCCCCAUCCACUCGGAAGCGGCGGCCGCGGCCAGCGGCACCGUGAUCACGCCGCCCUUGACCCUGCCCACCCCAGGGAAGGCGGACGUGGUGGUCACAAUCCUCGGCGACCCCGACGGCUACGAGAUCUGCUUCGUGGAAGCCGUCGCCUUCUACCAGCUGGCGGAGCCCAAGUACGACGUCAUCGACUUCGAGUCCAGGGCCACCAGAGGCGGGGACGGGGCCGCCCCGCCCAAGAGCGAGAAGCUGCAGCACGCCGCCGGCGUUACCGCAGCGGUGACGACGCCGGAGGAGGUGGCCGAGGCGGUCGCCGCGGCGUCCGGGGACGGGGUGGUCUUGUUGGACUUUGGCGCGGGCUGGUGCAAGAAUUGCAAGAAAAUGGUGCCGGCCAUCGAAAAGCUGGCCACGGGACCUCUCGGGGAAAAGCUCAAGGUGCUGACUGUGGACAUCGACGAGGCGGACGAGCUCGCGGACGAGUACGACGUGAGCGGGGUGCCGACCUUCGUGGCGCUGAGGGGCGGCAGCGGCGACAAGGCCGACGAGUACAAGGGCAACGAUCCCGCCGCGUUGGAGGCCAAGAUUUCGGCGUUGCUCGGGUAAUUGGAUGUAGUGGGUGCUGGAGGCUGUUGUGUGCUUCUUGUUGGCCGGCCAGCGCGGCAGCCUGCCUCCUGGUGCCUCUGUGAGCGUUAGCACUGCAGGGGGUGGUUGAAAACCCGCCCCUGUUCCUCUGGUGGUUGUAUCGUUCUACAAUCAAGUCAUUUCGGCGGCGCAUUGAAGGCGGACUUCGUUUCUUGUCGGUGAGUCAAGCUUUCCGCGUAUUACGGGAGGUCUGGAUCUCGGUACACAUCGGACGAAUGCUUGUGAAUGCCGUGAAGGUGCCGCCCCUCCCCCCCCCCCCCCCCCCCCCCCC